UUAUCAUCACCAUCUUCUUCAAAAAAUUUCUCUGAAACGUUAUUGUUGGUUGCUUAGUUGAACUUAUAUUCAAUUAAGAAGAGAAUUCCAUGGAGAGUAGAGAUGAGAGUUGCAGUACUAUUGAAGAGGGUGGUGCUGAUCUUCUUCAUGAGGCUCAGCUUCUUCGACAAAAAGAAGAAGAUGAUGAUCAUAAUCGUGUUAAUGCGGUGUCGUCUGCAUGGCGCCUCACUCUUGAUAGGUUUCGUAUACCACAGCAUACAGUGUCUUCUUCUCCUCAUCAACAUCACACUUCUGCUUUCUUUCACCAUCUUUGUAUCCCAAAGAAACAGAAGAAAGUUUCAGAGUAUUACAAGAAACAAGAAAGGCUUCUUGAAGGGUAUAGUGAUAUGGAGAUCAUGACUGAAAAGGGUUGUUGGCCUGAAAGCCUAACCGAGGAUGAAAUGAAGCAACUUGCAAAGAGUGAGAGGUUGGCAGUUCACAUAUCAAAUGUAACUAACUUGGUACUUUUUAUGGCAAAAGUUUAUGCUUCUAUUGAAAGCAGAUCUUUGGCAGUAAUUGCCUCAACUCUGGACUCCCUCCUAGAUCUUUUAUCAGGUUUUAUUUUGUGGUUCACUUCAAACGCCAUGAAAAAUCCAAACCAGUAUCACUACCCAAUUGGAAAGAAGAGGAUGCAACCAGUAGGCAUCAUUGUUUUUGCAUCAGUAAUGGCAACUCUUGGACUACAAAUUCUGCUAGAGUCUGCACGGGCAAUAGUUACAAAGUCUCGACCUGAAAUGGAUGGCGAGCAAGAAAAAUGGAUGAUUGGGAUAAUGGCAUCUGUGACAGUGGUCAAGUUUGUGCUAAUGAUCUACUGUCGUAGAUUCAAAAACGAAAUUGUCAGAGCCUAUGCACAAGAUCAUUUCUUUGAUGUCAUUACCAAUUCAAUUGGUUUAGUCACGGCUGUGCUAGCUGUGAAACUCUCCUGGUGGAUUGACCCAACUGGAGCCAUAAUAAUAGCAUUUUACACGAUUGGCACGUGGGCGAGGACGGUUCUGGAGAAUGUAUUUUCACUGAUAGGAAGAACUGCCCCGCCAGAUUUUCUGGCAAAAGUGACAUAUCUGAUAUGGAAUCAUCAUGAAUUGAUAAAGCACAUUGAUACAGUGAGAGCAUACACAUUUGGGUCACAUUAUUUUGUGGAGGUGGACAUAGUGUUGCCAGAGGACAUGUUACUGCACCAAGCUCAUAACAUUGGAGAGACAUUGCAGGAGAAGCUUGAACAAUUGCCUGAAGUUGAGAGAGCUUUUGUGCAUAUAGAUUUUGAGUUUACACAUCGACCUGAACACACCAAGAGCCUUCAAUUAGCUUGAUGAUUCUGUAAAUAUAUGCAAUGACAGAUACUGCAGCUUUAUUGAGCUAAUUAAUUAAAGGGUUUUGAGAUUUCC